AUGGGUGAAGCAGAGAAAAUAGGUACAAGAAAACCUCGUGCUAGAGAUCUCUGUAUUCCAUUUGACGGUACACCUGGCAAAUAUAAUGCAAUAACAGAUGUCGGCGGUGUUGAAGUUGGUUUUAGCACAAUUAUCCAAGGUGAUUCUGUUCGAACGGGUGUCACUUCUAUAUUUCCGCGUGGAACAGAUUUGACUAUUUAUCAGCCUCCUUGUUUUGCAAAUUGGUUUAGUUUGAAUGGAAAUGGUGAAAUGACUGGUAUACAUUGGUUGACAGAAUCUGGUUUUCUUACAAGUCCAAUUUUAAUUACAAGUACAAACAAUGUUGGAAUUUGCCGAGAUUCUAUGAUAAAAUGGUUUCUAAUAAAAUCUGAUUCAAAUUCAAUGAUUAAUAUGGUUGAUGUGGGUUUACCCAUUGUUGCUGAAACGUGGGAUGGAUAUUUGAAUGAUGCUUAUGGAUUUCAUGUGAAAGAAGAACAUGUAUUUGAAGCAUUGGAAAAUGCUAAAGUAUCUGGUCCAUUCGUUCAAGAGGGAAAUGUAGGUGGUGGAACAGGUAUGAGAAGUUUUGAUUUUAAAGCUGGAACGGGAACAAGUUCAAGAAUAGUCGAAGAUCUAAAUUACACAGUGGGAGUUUUAGUACAAGCAAAUUUCGGAUCGAAGAAACUAUUGACUAUUGCGGGUGUUCCUGUCGGCAAAGAACUAUUACAAAUAGAGACGAAUAAUACUGUUCAGAAUAAAGGUGCUGGAUCGAUUAUCGUUAUCUUAGCUACAGAUGCUCCACUUCUACCACAUCAAUUAAAACGUGUGGUGACUCGAAUCUCACUUGGAAUAGGAAGACUAGGUGGUACUGGAGAUGAUCCAUCAGGUGAUAUUUUUUUGGCAUUUUCAACAGCUAACAUUUCGAAUGCAACUUCAACAACAACAACUGCACAAUUUUUAAGAAACGAUCAGAUAGAUCCAUUAUUUGAAGCAGCUAUUCAAUGCGUUGAAGAAGCAGUGAUAAAUGCAAUGAUAGCAGCUGAAACUAUGAUAGGAUACAAAGGACAUAGAGUCGAAGCUAUUUCACAUCAAAAUUUGGCAUUUUCAAAUCUAAAUCAUCGUUUUCAACAAAUUCUUCAUGCAUCAUCGCCUUUAUUUCAUUUAUAUCUUCACGAUAGAACAUUAGAUGGAUCAUCUGUCAAUGAUGAUUAUAAUCGAUUUCUUCUACAUAAUAAACAUAAAAUAGUUUCUGCUCAUCUAUACAUCGGAUCAUCAAUCAAUAAAGUAUUACAAUUCAUUACCAUCGACGCAUCAUAUUCUUGUCUCGAAUCAAUUUAUAUUAAUGCAAACGAUUCAGAUAUACUUUCAUUGCUUCCUCAUUUAGUUUGUUUACCUCGACUUUUCGUUUUGGCUAUUUUCACAGAUUUUGAAUGUAAAAAACCUGAUAAUUUCUUUCGAUUAAUAUUCGCUUUACCUCAAUUAAAAUCAUGCCGAUUUCAUUAUGGCAGCAGAAAUAAAAUAACACUUCCUAUUGCUACUAAGGAACAAUAUAGUAGAAUUGAAAUUCUUGCUUUGUAUACCUCCUAUAGAUUGAAUGAAAUUCUUACUCUUACAUCUUAUACACCUAAUCUUUGUCGUUUAAUAAUACCUAAUGGUAUCGAUCAUAAUAUUAAUAUUCAAACAUUGUUACCGGUACGAUUACCAAAUUUGACGUAUCUAUGGACACGUUUAUAUUCUUUAAAUUUUCAUCAGUUUGAAAUUGUUAUUAAAAAAAUUUGUUCAACAUUGAAAAUUUUACAUAUUGAAUUUUUAGUUCAAGAUGCAAAUUUUCUUCAAGGUGAUUAUUGGGAAAAUUUAAUUUUAACAUCUUUACCUCAUCUAGAAGAACUACAUUUUAUAUAUGAUGAAAAUUUUUCUCCCAAAAAUGAACAUCCAUAUUCUGGUAGAAUAAAUCCAUUCAGUUCAUCAUUUUGGAUCGAUCGACGAUGGUUUUUCGAAGUUGAAAUUAAUAACGAGUCUAUUAACUAUAUAGUUCGUCCGUACAGAAAACGAUGGUAUCAAUAUGGAAAAGAUGAAGGUUUACAUUCUUCUAUUGAUUAUUCAAAAUGGACUCGAUUAACUAUCAGUUAUUUCGAUGAUACUGAUUCCGAUGAUACUGAUUCCGAUGAUACUGAUUCCGGUGCAAUAAUAUCAGAAGAUAUAAUGUAUAUAUUAACAAUAACAAAUAUUUAUCAUUUAGAAAUUAUUGAAACAUCUAUAUAUAUUCCAUUAUUCAUUCGACUUCUCUCUGUCUUAGCAGAUCUUAAGACAUUGAAAAUUCAUUCUGUAAAUUGGAAUAACUCAGAAUUGAAUUAUGAAGAGUUUUCAAUGGCAAGUUCAACAAAGGAAACAAGUAAAAUUACAGAAGUUUACAUAGAAAAUGUGAACAAGAUUCGUGACUUAUUUUUGCUUUUGACAUUGUGUCCUAAUAUGACUUAUCUCAAAAUAGAUUCUAUAAAUGUUAUAGAUCAAGAUGUUACGUCGAUUUUAAAUUAUUUCAUCGACAUAAGUGACACUAUUCUAAUAAAUCAUGUUCGUUCGUUGUGUUUUCGUAUUCCAGCAGCAGAUGAUGGAACUAUCAAAAAAUUAAAAAGAACAAUAAUUAAUAAUCGAAUUGCCUGCGAUUAUACUAUCAAACGUAUAGUUGACUAUGUUUAUAUAGAAUGGAAAUUAAUAUCAAAUAUUAGUUCUUCAUAA